UCUGAGUCAAAGUCUACGUUUUAAGUAUCAUUUAUGUCUUGAAACAAUUUUGUUGUUAUGUAUUGAGUGUGUGUUGUUUUGGAUAUCAGUAUCUAACUCGGAUUUCUUUGCAUUUGAAUUGAAUGAGAAACAGUUUGGUGACGAUGCGGAGAGAGAGAGCAUUGUUCCUCCUACUGCUACUUCUACUCCUACAUCUCCACCACCAUAUCUGUGCUUCCAAGGAAGAGCAAGAACACGUUUGUCCCCCUUCUUCCUGUGGCAAAAUCACCAACAUAAGUUAUCCAUUUCGAUUAAAAGGCGACCCAGAGAAGUGCGGUAACAAAAGGUAUGAGCUUGGUUGUGAGAAUAAUGUUACGGUGUUGUAUCUGUACUCUGCAAAAUACCAUGUGGAGGCAAUAAACUACAAGAACUACACAGUGAGAGUGGUUGAUCCUGCACUUCAACUCCAUAACUGCUCCUCCCUUCCUCUCCGUUCUCUAUCUCGCUCCAAUUUCUCUGAUACUUACGAUUACUACACGGAUCCAUACCAAGCCGGUCUAAGUUCAUAUGAAAAUAGGGAAUAUCUGAUUUUCGAGCAUAUAGUGUUUCUGAGUUGUAACCAUUCGGUGAGAGAGAAUGGGAAGUUUGUGAAAACAGAAGAAUGCGUGAAGUGGGACUCAAAGGGCUAUGCAUAUGCUGUUGGUGGUGACCUGAAAGCUGCAGACAUGGAAGUUGGGUGUGACAUAAAGCUUGUUGCUCCGACAUCUUUGAGGACUUUCAAUAACCAUUCCUACACUUCCAUGCACUGGAGCUUGGCCUAUGGAUUUGAGAUUUCUUGGGUACAACUCGCAUGUGAUAAUUAUUGUCCAGAUGGAUUCUGCUAUUUCGACUCUGCGAGCCAGAAUCUUGAUUGCCGAAAAGGGUUAUUGGGGGCAGCAAUUCUAGCAGCUGAUCCUUAAGCUUAAUAGUUAUGAGUACAACAAUAAAACAAUGGAUGUUGGCAUCAUGAAAUCAAUGGAUGUUGACUUCAUGAAAUCAGGGGGAGAUUGUUAGCAUAAAAUUAUUUUGGUGCAUAGAAAUUUGAUGAAGAUAUGAAAGAAUGAUACAGGUUUGAUGAAGAUAUGAAGAAUUGAUGAAGGUUGAUUGAUCUAAUCAAGCUUCAAGUGGAAAUUGAACUAGACUAAAUGCAAAGUUCUUCAAGCUUGAAAAUGGAGCUUCACUUGAAGACUAUUUGACAUAAAAUAGGUUUCUUGUGUCUGGUUGUAGCCCUUCAAUUUGUUAAAAUGGUUUUUAAUAGGUUAAAUGACUUGUUGUUAUAGUUUUGCAAGUAACAUAUUUGAUUGACUGAAAUAUUAUUUGAUCGACUGAAAUAUUAUUCAAUCAGCUGAUUUCACUUAGGUUAAGUGAAAUCAACAAAUUGAACAUAGUGAAGCAUUCUA